CACAGUGACGGCAGCGCUCUGCAGUGGUGGAGAAGAACGCGUACGUCAUUUUCACAAUGGCGGAGGCAGGGUGAGGAGGAGGAGAGCCCCGUGUGUGUGUGUGUGAGUGUGUUUUGGUGGGUGAAGAGGAGCCUAUAAUCUCUCCAGACACCACCUUUUACGCACGGUGCCACCGGUGACAUGGCACAGAACCCGGCGGGGAGACGGGACGCGCAAUGCGGCGAGCAGGACGAGGAGGGAGGAGGAGGAGGAGGAGGAGGAGGAGGAGGACGAGGAGAACCCCCGAAGAAGUCAGCCGCCACCUCGGCCACAGCCAGGCAAAAUGGCGAUCAGCCUGCUGGAUGUGGAGACGGCGGGCAGGACGCUCCGGAGCGGCGGAGGAGCGCGGCCGCGGCGGGCCACAGACCGGCCGAAGAGCAGCCGCGGAGGAAUUUCCAAAUCCCGAGGAAGAUAAAAGGCUUGUACCAGUUCCUGCCCCCCGACAGCCGGGAGUUCGAGGACCUCGUGAAGAUCGUCUCCUCGUUUUACCUGGACGCGACGUCGAGAGGAACCUUCUCCUACUGCAAGGCCCGGCUCAUCCACAACGAGCUGCUGGAGAAGGAGUUCAUCGAGAAGCGCAGAGAGAUGAAGCAGGAGGGCCGGACGGAACAAGAACUGGCGGAGUCGUACUGCUUCCUUUUCCCGGACAAAUCCAAGCUCCAGUGGAUCUGUGAGAAGGGUCUGUCGGUCGGACACUCCAGGAUUACAACACUAGGAAAUCCAUCCGUGGGUGUUUCCGUCUCCAAAUAUUCAGAUCUCUUACAAAUCAAUCCCUUUGAAGUGGGCUCGUCCGGAGACAUGAUCGUUUUUAAAGUUAUGAGGGGUCGAAUAAAGCACAUCCACGAGAACAUGCCUAAGAACGCUAUGGAACCUACUCCCAAGUUCGACUGUCACUUGUCCAAAAGUGCCAACAGGGUCACGUCUUUGCUGUCCUACAGGGCGUUUGAGCUCACGCAGCAAUAUUUCUUCGAGUUUGCAUUCGAUGAGAUCAAAGCCCGGCCCCGACACGUGUGCCCCUACGCCGUGGUUUCCUUUAAGUACAAAGGAAAGGAGGCCGCUGCAACUCCCAUGACGUCACACAGGUUUAACACAAUUUCCUCUGAAGGAAGUCGAGGAAAGAGCUGCUACACUGUGUGGAGCGGUCCGUUAGUGAACAAGAGCCGGGAGUUAUUCCCAAUCUGUUUACGAUCCUCCACGCGCCCUUAUCUCCCGUUCAAACUGCCGGAGAAGCUGGAGAUGAGCAGAGGGAUGCAGCUGGACCAGGUGAAGAGAAAGAUUCCCUCUGUGCUCUUUAAUUGGGACACCUACAGCGCAUCACGGGAAGUGAUGAAAUGUGGGAUGUCCUGCAGCCUGUUUGAGGUGGCGGAUGGAAAAGGCAAACCGACCAGCGGCAGCUUGGCAGCGCUGGUCCACAAACUGGAGAGAGACAGGAUGGUGCUGGUGAAGUCCUUGUUUGACCGGGGCUUUCUCUUCCUGCUGUCCUCGGCUCAGAUGGUCGAGUCCAAAGAGCGGCGGGGGCGCGUCGAGAAGAACCUGCAAGCGUUAUUCAUCUUUCAGGAGUCGAGGAUGGUAGUCAAGUAUUUAUCCAGACUGUUCGAGUCGGAGCCGCUGACGACGGAGCCCCAGUCCGCCGUCCUCUCCUCCGUGGACCCCUUCAUCCCGGCUCUGCACUACGCCUUCUUCAAGCUGCGCGCCAACCCGGGCAAGGACCUGAGCCUCGGGGUGGAGCGCCAGUCCGCCGACUACCUGACGCGCAUGGAUCAGGGCACGGUGCGGCCGUUCAUUCUGCCCGACUACAAGUACAACGUGGACGACAGGACCAACCCGCUCCUGGUGCACAGACCCAAAUACAACAUGGACGCCGUGCUGCGCUCCUACGUGCACAACCCCGGCAACUAUAUCUUACCUCUGAACAAGACGAAGGACAUUAUUGAGAGAAUAAGGAACCCAACGCCCGUUCCCACACCCGCGCCGGCCCCAGUGGAAUACAGCCCCGUGUCCGACUGGGGCGGCUCGGACCGGGGCUCGGACAGACCGGAGAGACCUGCGGAGAGGCCGCCCAAGGAGAGGCCACCUCCAGAGAGGCCGGCACAGGAGAAGCCGCCUUCAGAUAGCAGCAGAAGGAGGCAAGGGAUGGCCCAAGCUAACGGGGCCCAGCCGCAGCUCAAGCCCCACGUGGAGCCCCCGCCUCAGCCGCCUCAGAGGCUGCGUCUGUCCCAGAACGAGUACGACAAAGACAAGAUGAAGCAGCUGCUGAAGCUGAUCCAGCUUCAUAAGAAGGCGAUCGUGAAGGACCCGGGGAAGGAGCGGGGGGAGGACGGGGGUGCGUGGGACGUCAACAGCCUGAAGAGGAAGUUCGAGGGAGAGGACCGGGGGGGCGCCAACAAACACCAACGCACCGAUCCGCUCAGCAACGGGGAGCCCAGCAGAGCAGCCCAAGCAGAAGAGAUCGGAGACGAAGGCGGACACGGCGACAAUCUGACAGCGGUGAUGGAAAGCAUGGGCAUCUACGACACCGACCUGAGGGCUCACAGCAACGCCGGCGCCCCCGCAGUGAACGAGACCCAGCGCCUCCUCAAGAUCCUCCUGGCUACUCUCAACAAAGCCGUGGCUCAGGGUUCCAUGUCUGUGCAGCCAAACCACGGAGAACCGUCGACGGGCGCAGGAAGUACGGAACCCGUCUUCACCGAGCCCCCAGAUCUCAAGAAACAGAACGAGCCCGCAUGUCAAACCAACUACACAGAGGAGGACAUGGACUGCAGCCCUGGUAGUCCACUCAGCCCAGGCUCCCCCGCAGAACAACCUCACACCUCAGACAACACAACCUGGGUGAACCCCGCCAACGAAGACCAAGCACAGCCUUUUCCUGAGCCAGAGCCUGAACCAGAGCCCGAGGCGGUGACGGUGGUGGACAGCUACACAGAGCCCAAGAUGCCUGCAGCCGUGGAAACUAAAAAAGCGGCUGCACCACCCACGUUACCGGCCGUAGAUGAAGUUCCCUUCAGGCCCUCCAUCAGCCUGGACACCAUACUCAACCAGGAAAUACACAGCCUCACUUCUGACAUUAAAAACAUCAUGCAGACUCAGCACAUCUGCUAUUCGUCGCGGCUGUCCCCCCGGUUGCCUCCGCGCUACUGCUGGCUGCCCAACAGCUGCUUCUCUGAAUUCGUGGUGCCCUUCGUGUCCCCGGUCCCCGUUCAGGGCCACGUCAGAGCGCUGUGCGAGAAGAUGGACAAGUUGAUCCCGGCCCCACCUGCUCCCUCCAAGGUCACUUCCCCACCGCCCCCGGUGACAACAUCUAAUCUUACAACACCGCCCCCGACCCCGGCGCAGACUUUCAAACCUAAAGCGGACCCCUCGCUGUCGAAGAGCACCGCCUCCUCUCACAGCGGUAAGGUGGGCACCGUUAAAGGCGCGGCGGCGUCCGGCAGGUCUAAAACAGAAGGCUCGUUGGCGGAGUUGGAGGGAGAGAUCUAUUCUCCCUCUCAUCUCACACAAGACUCUACAGAGACCAAGGCCCAAAAAACUGCUCCUGGCAGCGGGUCGGGCCUGCUGGCUGGAAGCCUCAUCGGUCAGCUGAAGCCCGAGGUUUUCAGCAGCCUGGUGGAGAUCUUUAAGGACGUCACCAAGAACACGGUCAAGUUCUACAUCUACUCCGGGGACGAGGGGGAGGAGAGCACGGUCUGCAAGGAGAUCAAGGAGUACUUGAAGAGCCUCGGCAACAGCGAGUGCAGCCCGCAGACGUUCCUGGAGAACAGCGGCAGUUUAGAUAAGCUCCUCAUCAUCAUUCAGAACGAGGACAUCGCCGCACACGUGCACAAGAUCCCGGCUCUGGUGUCUUUGAAGAAGUUGCCCUCGGUGAGCUUCGCUGGAGUGGACACUCUGGACGACGUGAAGAACCACACGUACAACGAGCUGUUUGUGUCCGGAGGCUUCAUGGUGUCUGACGAGUUCGUCCUCAACCCAGACCUCAUCACACAGGAGCGUUUGCAGGGGCUGCUGAAGUUCCUGGAGGAGCAGAGCACCCCCGAGCACCCCUGGCAGUGGAAGGUGCACUGCAAGUCCCAGAAGAAGCUCAAAGAACUGGGGAGGCUGAACACCAACGCCAUGGGGCUGCUGAACCUCCUCACGGCCUAUCAGAAGAAGCACCUGGUGGAGUUCCUCCCGUAUCACGAGUGUGACACACAGUCUCGUCAGGCUCCGGACCUGGAUUGCCUCGUCAAGCUCCAAGCUCAGCACACACAGCAGCGGCACCUCAUCUUCCUCACAGAGCGGCCAUUUGAGAUGUUCCUUCAGUACUCCAGAAAUGGGAUCGUGAUCGGGAGCAUCGACGACGUUAUGAGUGGUUUCCACAGUCUGAUCGGCUCCAUCAAUCAGAAUGAGCUCCCAACACCGCCCUCUACAGUAGUGAAUGACGAGUGUGUGGAGGAGGAGGACAUGUCAUUAGACUCUGAAGAUGACGGUGAUGAUGAAGGCGGCGAGCAAACCACCAUGUCGGAUCCCCCAGAGCGGAGCCCGGCCGUCGAGAAGGCCAAGCCUCCGCUCCCGCCCCCACCGGAGGCGGAGGAGUUCCGACCUCCGCUCCCGGACCAGCAGGCCACCCCCGAACGAACUCCCACCUUGUCCGACUACAGCGCUCUCAAAACGGCCAUCUCUCAGUUCAAGGCCACCAACCAGAUCGGGAUGGGCGCUUCGGACAUCGGCAGCUUGUCACCGGGAGGUUUCCCCGUGAACCCCCACCAGAGCUUCCUGUGUCCCUCGGCCUCGUGGUCGUCCUACACCGGCUCCUCCAGCUACGCCGCCUCCCCGGCCUAUCCCGCGUCGCCCUGCAGCGGCACCCAGGAACAGGACUACCGCCCCCAAGUCCCAUCGGCCACGGGCCCCCCCACGGUCCCGACCCCGGCCGCCAUGGCCACAGCAGGACCUCUAGCCAACCUGUCGUCCCUCCCCUUGGAGGUGAAACCUCCCCCUCCGCCUCACCUCAUGAUGCUGGGCCACACGUACGGCUCGGACACCGGAGGAGCCGGGGCUGCUGGGAACUCCCCGCAUACCACCUCCCUACCUUACACAGACCAUAAUGACUCAGCCCAGCCAGCGUACAUGGCUGGCAUUCCUCAAAACGCUAGCGGCACCCCCACGCAACACGACCGGACACUCACCAGACCUGGUGACGGUCUAUGGGGGACCAGCACUUGUCAGACUGCAAACAGCCAGGGUUUGGACCCCAGCAGGCUUCCUCAGACUGGGGAAACCCGCGGAGGCAGCACCCCUGGUAGUCAGGGCGGUAGGACUCAGUUGAACUGCAUUAACAACCUCGGAGCUUCUGUGGGUAUUCCCACAGCGGCCACCAGGGGGGGCUCUUUAAUCAGACCUAAGAUGCCUCCACAUCCGAUGUGUGGCGGCGGCUAUGGCAGUAUAGGGGGCCUCCCUGGACAGAUGGAUCAUGGGCCUAUGCGGGGUGGUAUGGGUCUCGGUUCUUCAGGGAGCUAUCGAGGGAGAGGAGCUCCACCGGUAGGACUUUGGCCUCGGCCAGGACGAGGUCACGACCGGGGGGGCGGGCCCGGAGGCGGACCCUGCUCUUGGGGUUACCCAGCAGGCAGGAGCGGGGCACCGGAUCACUACACGGACUACACAUACACUCACAAUUAUGCUCCCGAAUAGACAAUCAACAUGACCGAAGGGCAACACAGAACGCCAAACUCCAGAGACUAGUAAAAGCUGGCUGAAUGUAAAUAUUUCCUUGUCAUAAACUUAUUGAUUUGAAUCAGAAAAUAAGGAAUCCUGGUUUUCUACAUUAAUAAAAUAAUUGAUACAGGCAGUGCCGAGUGUCCUACCGUGGUGUAAACUGUAUGUACACUCUUUCCAUGUGAACUAUUUGAGACCCUGUUCCAACCACUAUAUUUAUAUUUGCCAACAAAAAGAUAAUGGCCUUCCAGCUUUCUCGGAAUUGAACACGUUAUUUCUGUUUGUCCAGGUUUUGAAACGGUUUGUGAACAAGGGGGAAAAGACUGAUAUUUUUUUAAGGAAAACAAAAAAAAAAAAUCAAGUGAAUGAAAUUUCACUUUUGCUGUUGGUUUUCAUUUUUUUUUUAUUUUACAUAUUUGGUUUUCCUAAAUUCUAUUAAAAUAAAACAUUUCAAAUCUUAUUUGUGUGACCAGUUUGAUGACGGUG